CUGCACUUCCCCAAUUGUCUUUACCGUAGCCGCGAUGCGAUCCCGUUGCUGCGCUGUACAGACAUCUCUCCACGGGAUCUAUUUGAUCCUUUUGGUAAACUUUUCGGUUUCGCAUUGCGUUUACACCGCUGGGAAUUUCGGAUUUCGUAUCAACAUUGACAGGAGACUGUUAUUCUAACAAUCACAGUGUGUUUGAUUAUGGAGAUUGGGACACAAUGUACGCAGCAGGGAUUUCUCAUUAAACACUGCGCAUAAUUUAUGUGAAGAGCUGGCACACUCCUUCAGCAGAGUGUGAGUACUGCAAAUGGUCAGCAGCAUGGGAGCGGCAAGCGAUGGGAACGACAAGAAGGCUAAGAUGGAUAAUGGAGAGAAACCACCUGUCCACCGUUUCCCGCCCCUUCAUCCCGCGGCGCUGGUCCCGCACUUCCCGUCUAAUCCGCAGAGUACAUCCAUCCAUCAGCUGGAUGCCCGUAGUGGAUCAAUACAGCGGAAUCCCAAUUUAUCCAUCCCGAAUCCCAUCAAGCAUGGCUUGAGCAUUCCGUCCACACCGCGACCGGGUCUGAGUGUGCCGUCAUCCGCGCGCACUCCACUGGGUUCACAGAUCUCCAUGACCGAAGUGGUGGCUGCGGCUAAACGCGCUAAAGCGGCCAAUGCGGCAGCAGCAUUUGCCGGUGCGGGACGACCGCCGCAGAAGCGUCCCGCACCGCCGCCGACACAGUCCAGUAGUCCGGAUAUGGCCGAUGGACCGGCGAUUCCCUCCGCUAAUCCCGCCAGGUUCGGCAUGUUCCGUCGGAUUGCCAGCGCUAUGCAGUUUACCGCACGGAUGCGGCAGGACGCCGAAGUUACCGCUUCACAGAUGAUGUUCCGCAACUCAUUAGCCGCGACCGGCCAGCACCCCAGUGCUCGCUCCCGCAGUCAUCACGACCAUCCGCCUGAGACCGCCAAGGAUCCCAUGCAGUUGUUCUGUCUGCGCUUUAAGCCGGAGUGGGUCGUGGAUCCUGCGGGAAAUCGCUAUUAUUACUGGAUGGGGUUUCUUUCCUUAGCCGUCAUCUAUAAUUGGCUAAUGGUGGUUCCAAGAAGUGUCUUUCGCGAGCUGGACGAGGGCGACUUCGUUCCGGUCUUCCUGGUGCUGGACUACGUAUCCGAUGUGAUUUACAUAAUCGAUAUCUUCGUUCAGAUGUUCAAAGGUUACCUGGACGAGGGGAUAAUUGUGACGGAGCCGAGGAGAUUGAUUCGAGCUUACAUACGGACAACAUCCAGCAAACUGGAUAUUUUAAGCAUCAUGCCAACGGAUUUCAUUCUGAUCGGCACAGGACUAGAGGCACCAUAUCCGUUUGUGAGAAUUAACCGGUUGUUGAAAUGGGGCAGAUUUCGAGAGUUCUUCGCUGCUCUUGAAUCUCGAACGAAUCAUCCGGACUUUCUUAGAACUCUCGAUAUGAUGCUAACCUUCUCUGGAAUGAUACACUUGAACGCCUGCUUGUUCUACUUCAUCAGCGAUGAAAUCGGUCUCAACACAGACGGUUGGGUGUAUCCAUCGGAUGCGCGGUGGCGGAGCAAUAACGAUUCAGAUCCUACGGACAACUCAACAAACGUGAACGAUACGUUGUACACCAAAUACGUGCUGUGCGCCUAUUGGUCCCUUCAAACCUUAACACUCAUUGGUCAAAACAAACAACCAGAAUAUGAGUUUGAGUUUGCCUUCGUUACGGUCAAUUUUCUUGUGGGAGUGAUUGUUUAUGCUAACAUCGUGGGCAAUAUAACACGAACAGUGGCCAAUAUGUCAAUAUUAAUGGAUUCAUUCCGACACAGAAUGGACGCCGUCAAGCAGUACAUGACUUUACGAAAGAUUGAUGGAGAUCUCCAAGAACGAGUUAUGCGCUACUUCGAGUACCAGUGGACGAACAAACAAUUCAACGAUGAGACCAAAUCCUUAGCUUGCUUACCGGAUAAACUGGAAGCCGAGCUAGCCAUGCGAGUCCAUCUGGAGACACUACAACGUGUGGGCAUUUUUCAAGAUGCCGAGCCGGGUUUAUUAGCAGAUUUGGUGCUCAAGUUGAAACUUGAGGUUUAUUCGCCACAAGAUUACAUCUGUCGUAAAGGGGAUAUUGGCAAGGAGAUGUACAUUGUUAAAAGGGGCCGAUUAGAAGUUGUAGCUGACGAUGGAAAUACCGUUUAUGCAACACUGAGUGAAGGUUCUGUUUUUGGGGAGAUUUCGAUUCUGAACAUCAUUGGCAUCAAAACGGGAAAUCGGCGAACAGCCAAUGUCCGGAGUGUGGGCUAUUCCGAUUUGUUCUGCUUAUCCAAAGAAGCCUUAUGGGAUGCUUUGAAAGAGUACCCUGAGGGCAAGAAGAAAAUGCUCGAAAAGGGCAAGCAAAUGCUGGUCAAAGAUAAUCUGCUUGACCGCGAAAUGAAUGAGAAUUACGAGCACCGUCAGCUGGCUUUCAUGGAUAAAGUAGAACGACUGGAAAGCAAUCUGGACGAUUUGCAGACGCGAUUUGGUCGACUGGUGGCCGAAGAAGCCAGUUCGCUGAAAAAGAUGCGCCUGCGUACCGCCCAACUUCACCGGCUAAUCAACACGCGAUAUCACGGACAAUCAAAACAUAUUUGAUACUGUAAUUCAACUUAAAUCUAAAUCAAACCGCAAAAGCUGAAUGCGUAAUUCAUAAAGCAUGUGAACUUAAAUUUUUUGGAUCACAGUACUUUUUGAAAUUCUGUUGUCAACGUACAGCCUAUAACGACGGAAGGUUUUAGCAAAUGUUGCUACCGUUGGGUGAAUUCUACAACUUAAUUAAUUCAUUAAUUGCCAUUAAUUUGCCUACUACCCUAAGGUAGGGUGUCGAAACUGCAGUAGUUCUUCAAUAAGGUACUGAGGCAUGCUGCCGG